AGCUGUUUAACUGGAUGCGACGGUUAAAAACCUUCUCUGAAGUUUCCUCUGGCAUUCAAAAAGAGAGCGACAAAAGAGCGAAGAGAGAGACAAACCUCGAAGGUCGAAGCUGAGGGCCAUGGCUCGUGGGCAGCAGAAGAUUCAGUCCCAGCAAAAGAACGCCAAGAAGGCAGCAGAGAAGAAGAAAUCUCAUGGUGCUGACCAGAAGACUGCAGCUAAAGCCGCUCUGGUCCACACCUGUCCUGUCUGCCGGACACAGAUGCCUGACCCAAAGACAUUUAAGCAGCACUUUGAGAGCAAACACCCCAAGUCCCCCAUGCCUCCUGAGCUGGCAGACGUUCAGGCAUAAAGGGCAGCUGACUGGACCAACUGAUACACAAUGACCACGGAUUAAACGUUGAAUCGCGGCGCCGGAAGGAUGUUGAUGACGAACACUGGGACCUGUCAGUAUUCACGGACAACGGGUCGGGAUGGAGGGCGGGAGGGUCUGGAUGUGUGUAUAUGCUGUGUACGUACGUGUGUUUGUGUAAGAGAAAACAAUAACGACGGGGCAGAGGUACACCAGCACCCCAUUUUUUAUAUUUAUUGUGUACAACUACCUUGCUAUUCCAGAGGGAGGGAUCACAGAAAGCAGAACCAGCAAGAUUGCCUGCUAACACUGAAUAAAAUUAUCUCGUGACCAAUGACAAGGAGUCAAUAAGCCUGAAAAAGCUACCGUAUCAAGUUGAACAGUGUGUCAUCACAGAGGAAUCAAUGGCACAUUCAAAACCCCCCACUAAAGAUUUCAACAACCACAAUGCAAAUGGCACUGCUGUUAAAACUUUGUAACUCCAAUCACUUUAAUUUCCUUUCACUUGAGUAGAGAGUACUUAACACAACGCUGCCACAGCCGCUCUUACCUGAGUGGCGGGUAAGCAGCGGUCAGCUCUGCCGUCAAAUGAAAAAGUAACCUAUGGCCUCUUUAAAAAUGACUAAAAUCCCAUUUUAUAGAACUCCUCCUCUGUGCUGCUGCUCUCUUGGUGUCCACACUCAGUUACACCUUACAACAGUACCUCACGUUAGAUCACACAGCAAGUCUUGUAUGUUGUUUUUCAUUUUUAAUGUCCUUCUUGGGCAAGCUUCCCGAAAUUAUCUUGGCAAUAACAUCAACUUUGUCCCACUUUAUUUGAAGGUGCAAUAUGUAAGAAUUUUAAUUUAAAACAUUUAAAAAUAAUCUAAAAUUAUCAACAGAAUGUGAAGAAAUAAUAAAAUGAGACUUUACCCGACUUUCUCGGUCGCCUUUAACAGCCUGUGGAUUGAUUUCUAUGUGAAGGACUCGGGAUGGUUUUGCCAAAAAGAUGUGACGUUUAUGUGCGCUCCCGUGUGCCUUGCCUCUCUCCCGUCCCCCAACAGCGCAACAGGGUACAACACUAGCUAACGUUAGCUUAGAAGUAGAGUCCGCUAACAUCCAACCCCUGAGCUGGCUUUCCUCUUAUUGGACAGGUCAGCUAAUAUUACUGCAAAGCAUGUGAAACAUAUUGUGAUAUUGUGGUUUUAGCUGGCUAAUGUUAGCGUUAGCUUACUCGCACUGACGGAGUGCGAGCAUGUGCGCGAGUGCUAGCAACAGGAUGCGGACUGCAGUUCACCUAACGGCCACCGGUGUCAUUAAUGAGAAGGAAUUUCUUACAUAUUGCACCUUUAAACCAGGACAAGAUUUGUUUGAAACCUCCCAGCACUAACUUUAUUUUAUUAAACUCCUUUAACAAACAUAUACAGCUUUGUGCUCAUUGAACCUUUCAGCUGUAGUUCGAAUGUUUGAAGGAAGCGUAAGUGGCCCCGAGGACUGAGAAUUACAGAGUUUAGAUCAGUAACUGCUAAAAUGAUUCAUCCCUGUUCUCUUUGGUUCUUCAUAUACUCACUAGCAGGCAAAAAAACCUUACUAAUUUGCUUUCACUGUACUUUUUGUUUUUUACCCUUUUCAAUAAAUUGAACAAUGUAUUUAAUGUGA